AUGGGAGCCAUCCGGCCCGCUCGGUGCUCCAAGAUGACAGAGCUCGCGCGCGGCUUCGCGUCCUCGGCGUGCGCAUCCGCGCGCCUCGCCGAGCAGCAGCGCUUUGCGGCGCAGUGGCUCGCCAUCGUGCCCGCGUUCAAUCAAUCUGCUGCAGCCGACUUUGGCGGCGGCGACUGGACUGAGCGAGCCCGUCGCUGGCAGGACGGCGACAGCGCGGAUGCCCGAGCGCACGCCGCCUUCAACAUGGCCUUCGUCUCGCACCGCCUUCGAGUCGUCUAUGUGGCGAAUCAAAAGGCGGCCGCGAGAACCAUCCUCAACCUCCUCUCGUCCUUUGGCGAGGUGGAGCCGGUCCGACUCCCAUUUCUGACGACGAGUCCGCAGCAGAGUGCGCAAAGAGUGGAGGAACGGUCGCCGCGCCGGUUCACCGUCACCUUUCGGAAGCACGGCACCCUCGGCUUGCGCUUUUGGAAGGGCAGCGAGAAGCUGAGGGUGGAGUGGCUGACAGACGACGGCCUCGCGUCGAGCGAGCCGGCGAUCCGGCCCGGGUGUGUGGUGGUGGCAGUGCAGGGAACGUCGCUCCAGGGUAUUGGCUACCAGGACGCGCUGGCACGGGUGAAGGACGCCAGCCGGCCGCUGCAGCUCACCUUUGAGGAGCCACCCGCUGCCAUGGAGACGUCCGAUGCCAUGCCAGAGGCGAGGCCGGACUACUUGCCGCCGUACCUCAUCUUCACCUUUGUGCGCGACCCGCUCCUCGCCUUCCUCUCGGGCGCGGCGGAGGCGGUCCACCGCCAUCGCCACGGGUUCCGGACUGGAUGCCCGCGGCCCAAGGCGGCGUGCUUGUCCGUCCCUUGCCGCGGCGACGUGCUGACGCCGCUCGUCGAGGACGUGCGCGCAAGGCGGUGCAUCGGCACGCAGGCGUUCCACGUGUGGCCGCAGGUGCUCAAGCUCGCCGUGCGGCUGCCGCGGCCGUUUGGCUUCGUCGGCCGCGAGCGAGACAUGGCCGCGCUGCUCCGCCUCUGCAACGUGUCGCACGGCACCAACGUGUCGCGGCUGCUCAGGCGCUCGACCGAGGUUGCCAAGCAUCGGGACGAGUGUGGGAACGAGCUUCGAGUCGACAGCGCGCUCACCGCGCCGGGCACACCGGCGCGCGCUGCCCUCUGCGACUUGCUACGAAGCGACUACGCAUGCGGCUUCGCGGCGCCGGGUGAGCGGUGUGCCGGGUGA